UGCUUUGUGAAUGAAGGGAGCGGCGGAGGGCAGGAAACAAAACUUUACCAAAAUUACUUCCGACGGGUGACGAUUUUACAUUCAACUGAGAGGUUUCGACGUGUGCAACAAGCGACACCUGGCCGACAAGGACCAAGAAAAUAUAAAGCUCGCCCGUGCAGGUAUUUCAGGGAAGCUGUAAAUCAUGGUGGUCAGUUUGGCCUGUGCGGCCUGUCUCUGCCUGGUGGUGGUGGUCAGUGGUGACCCCUGCCUCAUCAUCAGCGAGAUCAACGCCGACAACCCCAGACUGGACACCACUGAGUUUGUGGAGUUGUAUCACACCAGCGGACAACGGGCUUCUCUGGACGGCUACACGCUUGUGUUCUAUAAUGGGAAUGGAAACGUAGCCUACAAGGUGCUGGACCUCAAAGGCCACAGCACAGAUGACAGAGGAUUCUUCCUGGUGGGCUCGGUGGACAUGCUGCCCAAACCGGCCAUCCUCCUGCCUCCCAACACAGUCCAGAACGGCCCAGACGCCAUCGUCCUCUACCACACGUCUGCUGCUCGCUACAGUGAGAAGAUGAACGUCUCCGCCGUCGGGCUGGUGGACGCCGUCGUGUACAUGACUCGCCGUACUGGGGGUGCAGAGUUCCUGGCUGAAACUCUGACACCCGGGGAACCAGCCUUCGUAGAAGAUGAAACAGCACUGGAGGGGGACGAGUCAAUUGAGAGGUGCCUGCUGUCAGAAGAUCGCUGGGGCUUUCAGGUGUCCUCACCCUCCCCAGGUCAGAGGAAUAACUGCACCCCGCCUGCCGCCCCAGCAACCAUUCCUGUCAUUACUGAGCUGAAGCUGGGAGGAGGGCAGGUGGACGGACUUGUGGAGCUAACAGAGGCUCCGGCCGCAGGUCCUCUGGUGCUGGUAGUGUUGGAUGGAAAAACCGACACAGUCAGUGUGAGUGUGGACGUGCGUGUGGACACCCCCAGGAAUGGGUUGAUGUCCAAGACCAUAGAGAAGAAGUACAUGAAAGGAGAUGAGUCUGGGGCAGUUGCUAUUUACAGUGGCAGAGCCUCAGACUUCCCCAUGGGCAGCCAGCUGAGCCAGAUACAGCCUCUAGAUGCAUUUGUGUUUGCUGGACCUGGAAGUAAGCCUAGUGCCAACCUCACAGAGACUCUCAUCCCAGGCAGACAGCCCUACCAACUCAGCAACAGUUUGAGAGAGGGAGGCUUCUGUCUGAGUCGCUGUGGUGUGGCCACCUGGGCCAGAGAUCCUGGUGUCUUUUGGGAGGCCCCGCAAACUCCUGGACAGCCCAACCAGUGCCCCUGGCCAAAGAUCUGCCCUCACAGUAUUGUGAAUCCAGGAGGUACAGAUUCACCGCCUCACCUCCCACCCUGGGGGAACAGUGACUUCCUGAUCAAUGAGCUCAACACAGAUACACCUGGCGCAGCUGAGGACGGCGAGUAUAUCGAGCUUUGGCACCCAUCGGGACGCCGGGUCUCCCUGCAGGGCAUCUGGAUACUACUGUUCAGUGCACACAACAACAGACCCUACAGGGAGAUCAGCCUCAGUGGACACUUCACCACGUCUAAGGGCUACUUUCUGCUGGGCAGUGACAGGUUGGUGCCAGCUCCAUCACUCCGCUUGCCCCCUAAUACCAUUCAGAACGGACCAGAUGCUGUGGCACUCUAUCGCAGCCCUUUUGGCCCACCAUCAGCCGCACAAAGGGGGAUCCCCACAAAAGGCCUGCUAGACGCAGUCGUGUAUCGGCAGAGAGGAUCAGAUAAGGAGGCGCAGGAGCUAAGUAAAGCUCUGACCCCAGGACAGCUACCUCUGCUGGAGGAUCCAGAGGUUCUGCCUGGUGAUGAGGCCCUCAGCCGCUGUAGAGGCCUUUACCCCUAUGACCUGUCUGCUUUUUCAGUGGCUCCACCCACCCCUCUGAGGGAGAACAGUUGCCCUCGCCCCCCUCCAGCCCCUGAGCAUGUAAUCAUCAGUGAGGUGGCUAGUGGCCAUUGGACCAAUCACAGCCAGCAGAGGGCCUUUGUGGAGCUGCACGGGACCCCCAUGACAGACCUGCGGGGCCUGGUGCUCACUGUGUUUGACCAGGAGCACAGUGGGACCGUCAUUGCCCUUCCUUUGACCGGAUCUACUGACCACGAUGGAUUUUACAUGGUUGGAAAUGUCACUGCAGCAGAUCAGAUUUUCCUGGAGGGCUCCACGGUGCCAGCACGAGGAGCAGUAGUCCUGUGCUAUGACCUGUUCAGCGUCUGUAGAGCUGGCACUGCUCUGACCAACUCCAGUCUUAGAGAUGUACUUGUGUUCAGUGAAAACCAGCAGCUGCUCUCCUCUUUGUCAGCCACCAGAGGGAGACAAGUGAUUCCAGCUCUCGGGUCUGUGGAAGAUGGCCCUGUUUCGCUCAGUCGGUGUUCAUGCUGUGAGGUGAGGAGCCCCGCCUCCUGGAUUAGCUCCUCACCCACACCUCGCAGCACCAACGUCUGUCCAAGCUCUUCCUUCUCAAGUGACAUUGAUCUUUGCCUCGGACCCCUGUCCAGUGACUGGCCGGAGAAGUUAGGAGACUGCAGUGGUCUAAUCCAGGGGAGGAGGGUGGCUGAGGUGGCCGACUACCUGGAGCAGAAGUGUCACUGUGGCAUCUCUGCCUUGUAUCUCCAAGGAGCUAACUUUUCCUGUGCGUCUGGGUGGCUACGAGUGUGGGGGAACAUGCACGCGCUGUCGGACCAUCAGAAGGCCCUCAUCAUCCAGACAUUACACAUGAAUCCUUCAUCGGCUCAGGGAGACGUCUGCUCUGCGCCAUCCACGGACCGUUAUACAAGCACAGCGUCUGCCCUGGGGUUACAGAUAGGGCUGAUAGUAGCAGUGCUGCUGCUGCUGGGACUGGGAGCUGCUCUGUUCACAUAUUUCUACAGGAGGAGGCGUCCUCUGGACUAUUACACCAUGGAGCUGAGUGAACAUGCAGAGGGACUUUCAGAUCUAUAAUCAAGGCUUUGAAUCACUGUGUUUGCAUCUGGAAGUGCUCGUGUGCGUGGGAGGACUUCAGCAGAGAGAGCGAGAGACGGGGGGUAAUCGGAGGUUAAUUUGACCUGUACGUAACUGAUUUUGUGUGUGACAGGUAGAAUUUCAUGGCAUGGGUGACACUUAAGACAUCAAAUCAGGCAGCCCAUGAGUUGCAUUUAAAAACAUAAAGAUAGUAACAUAUUUUUGUAAAGAUCAGUGUAUAGCCAGUGCUGUUGCUACUUUUAAAGGAAAAGGAAGAUAAAAGGGAAGAUUUAUUUUAAAGUACUUGAUUCCUAAAUAGUCAUUUUUGUUGACUUGCUACUGUGGAAAAAGCCUUUUAAAUUUAAACAUGUGAUUUAUGCAGGAAGCUUCAUGACAUCCUCAGCUGGCACUACAGUGUUUUAACAACAGACUUUAUAACCAAGAUAAUAUUUGUUACUCUCACACUUCAAAAUGCUCUACGUCCUGCUUUAUUUUCCUGCUACAUGCUGUAAUAGUCAUUUUAGACUCUAGUCACUCAAAGGGCUUGAUUGUGUUUUAAAUGUGAACGUCUUUAGCUAACAUGUGAUGAAUGUCUGUAACCACUUUUGUAUGCUUACUUAAAGCAAACUGUUUACAUUUUCUUGAUUGAAAGUUAGAAAAGGGGACGUGAGCGACUGAUGUUGAAGUAAUCUCUUGAAUGAAUUUGUUUUUAGAAAUGAGAGUUUGCUUGGGAUUAAGAAAAUCAGAGCUAUGUCAUGUUUCACUUGUGUUUGUUUUGUUUGUUUUUUUGAGUGGCUCAGAAACCUCUACUGUGCCUUGUUCUUGUAUGUUAUUUGAUCACCUGAUUCCUCAUUUAUUAGAGGGAAUGUACAGCCAUGUCUGCUGCAGCCAUAAGUGUAAAUAUUAUGGAUAUGAUAGUAUUCUCAGGGGGGGUGGGGGGGCAGUUAUCGCCAAUCUGAAAUGAUAACUUAUUGUAGAAAUACAGAAACUAGCUGGGUUCAGAGCAAAAGUGAAAUAUUCAGAUAGGUUAAGUUAAUUUGAUUCCACUUUUUUAGUUUAUAGAUACAGUUAAUCUGGAAAUAAUCAUAGAAUUUCCAGCACAAAGUGCCAUGAAAUAAACGUAUAAGCUUGGAUAGGCUCCAUUUUAAUGUAGUUGAUUGACCCUUACUUUAUAAUGUCGCCUUAUUCAUCUACUGUGGUGCACAGAAUUAUAGCUUGUUUGCUUUAAUUAUCUUGUUGAGGAGAUUUCCCUCCUCUGUACCAUUUUCCUCAGUUUUAAUUUCUCAAUAUUGACAUUAUACCCAUCUGUCAAGCAAAAUUAAGCCCAUAAAAUCUGAUUUGUUUUACAGCAUGUUCAACUAAUUAAAAAGAAAAAAAGAUAAACUGGAUGGAAAACCAACAAAAUCAUGUAAAUGAAAGCCUUUUUUAGCUUUCAAAGUGAUCAAAUUUGAUGUUUUCUCCUUGAAAUGAUGUUAUGUAAAGUUCAUAAAAUGUUUUUUUUAUUAUAAACAUCUAUAUUUUUAGGUUUUGUAUAAAAUGGUACAUGUAGGAAGUUUGCAGUUGCAGCUCUGUUUUAUACCCCAAAUAAUAUAUUCACAUGCAAAUGUGUACUCUUGAAUAAAAUUUGAGAUAUGUUUGUCCUGAAGAAGCCACACAGUGCUGAAAAACAGCAUAACACAAUUUAAUGUAACACUUCUGUUCAGAGCACUUGUUUAACAUGAGAAUCACAUUCAUCACUAUAUGUAAAGUGUAUUUAUAUAUACAUAUAAAUGGCACACUGACUGCAAUUACAAGAAGUGGAAAAUUAUUAACAUGGCUGUUUUUCUAACCUCAGUUGCAUUUUCAUCGAUCAGGAACAGCAGCAUUCAAAUCUAACACAACUGUGAGAGAAGCUAGAAACCUACACGUUUUCACCGAGCACUUCAAGGCUGUGUACGUACAAUGAAUUGCCAUAGUCUACAGCAGUAGAUGCCACAACAAACAUUAGAAAGAAAACUGUGUAUCAUUUGCAACCCCAGGUCAUAAUUUAAAAGCUUUCUUUCCAGUGUUUGCCUUUCAGCUUAUUUUCUGUUUUCCUUCCAAUGUCAUGCAGAUGUAGCAGGUUUGAAAUAAAAUAUUUCCAGAUGUGCA